ACCAAUACACAGAGGAGAGGAGAGGAGAGGAGAGGACUGGACAGAUCAUCAUCAUCAUCAUCAUCAUCAUCUCCUCCUCUCUCAAUCUCAUCUCCUCCAUUUUUUGACCAUUAACAAUCGACGAAACCGUUGAAGCUGUGUCCCACUCUCGACUCGCUCUCCAGCUCACCUGCUCACUCCACCCAAUGUAACCAAACCCACCGUCCCCGUAGUUUUAGUUUGACUUGACUUCCCCACCUCCCCUUCACCAUGUCCUCUCCUCCUCCUCCUCCGACGCCGGCCUCUCCCCAGCCGGUGCCACCGAGCAUCCACCGCUCCUCCCUCGUCACUCCAAUCGCUGCCUCUGCCGUCGCCGCCUUCUCCUGCCUCCUCCUCCUCAUCGCCCUCUUCACCAGGCUCGUCCGCAGGCGUACCGCCACCACCGCCGACUCCAAGCCCCCCCACCGCUACCCCUACUCCCUCCUCCGCCGCGCCACCGACUCCUUCUCCCCCUCCCGCCGCCUCGGCCAGGGCGGUUUCGGCUCCGUCUUCUCCGGCUCCCUCCCCGGCUCCAACAAGCCCAUCGCCGUCAAGCUCAUGGACUCUGGAUCUCUCCAAGGCGAGCGUGAGUUCCAGAACGAGCUCUUCUUCGCUGGCAUCCUAAACUCUCCCCUCACCGUCCCCGCCCUCGGCUUCUCCUUCAACAAGAAGCGCCGCCGCAUGCUCAUCGUCUAUGAGCUCAUGCCCAAUGGGAACCUCCAGGACGCUCUGCUCCACCGCAAGUGUACGGAGCUCAUGGACUGGAAGAAUCGAUUCUCCGUCGCUGUCGACAUAGCUCGAGGAAUCGAGUACCUUCACUCCCUGGAUCCUCCCGUCAUUCACGGAGACAUCAAGCCUAGUAACAUCCUCCUCGAUCAGUAUUUCUCAGCAAAGAUCGGCGAUUUUGGCCUCGCCAGGGUGAAAUCUGAGAACCAGUGCGAAAUCGCCGUGUUUGAGGGUGAGCUCUCAAAGCCAAACGGAGGCGGAUUGGAGGUGGCGAAGAAUCCUUCACUUCCUCCGCCGGCUCCAGAGUCCGAGAUCGCCACUGUCGACGACAACGGAUCUGUGCUGGAGACUGAGAGCGUCGCUACUACUGGAUUCGAGGAGUUUAACGUCAACGGAGUGGAUCAGUCACCGGAGAGUCACGUUAGGAUCGUGAUCUCAGAGACGUCACCGGAGGCAGUGUCAGCCUCCCCUACGACUGCCCCUGCAGCAGCAACCUCGCCGGAGAUGAACUUUGACAAGUCGAGCUUGGAUAGUGGUAAGAAGAGCUCUAAUAAGGGAAUGAUGAAGACCCUCUCCGGUAAAGACUGGUGGUGGAAACAGGAGAAUUCGGCCUCAGAGAGCGGGAGGGUGAAGGAUUAUGUGAUGGAGUGGAUUGGGAGCGAGAUCAAGAAGGAGAGGCCAAAGAGCGAUUGGUUAGGCGCAGGCUCUUCGAGCAAGGAAGUGGUCACAAAGCCCGAGAAGCAUAAGAAGCACAAUCGGAAGCGACUGGAGUGGUGGGUGUCAAUGGAGGAAGAAAAAGACGUGAAGAACGCAAAGAAGGAGAAGAGCAGGCCUGCAAGGGAGUGGUGGAAGGAGGAGUACUGCGAGGAACUUGCGAGGAAGAAGAAGAAAAAGAAGCGGCAAGCAGGGAAUAGUGCUAGUGACGAUAAUUACAGUGCAACAGAGGAUUGGUGGCCCAAAGAUGAGGAAUUGUAUUCGGAAAGGAAGAAGAAGAGCAAAAGCAGGAGCAGGAGGAGCAGCAAAAGCAGUGUGGAUUGGUGGUUGGAUGGGCUUAGUGGAGACCUAUGGAGAGUCCGCCGGAAUAGCUAUGAUUCCGGAGAGAUCCCCAAGAGUGGUGGCAUUAGUAGCACACCAAGUAUGAGAGGAACUGUUUGUUAUAUCGCCCCAGAGUAUGGUGGCGGUGGGGAUAUAUCAGAGAAGUGUGAUGUUUACAGUUUUGGAGUUCUACUACUGGUGGUUGUUGCAGGGCGUCGCCCGCUUCAAGUCACAGGCUCGCCCAUGUCGGAAUUCCAGCGAGCAAAUCUCAUUUCGUGGGCCCGUCACCUUGCCCGUGCAGGGAAGCUUCUUGAUUUGGUUGAUCAGUCCAUUCAAAAUUUAGAUAAGGAACAAGCCCUCUUGUGCAUUACUGUUGCCUUGCUUUGUUUGCAAAAGUCGCCCAUUCGCAGGCCUUCUAUGAAGGAGGUAGUAACUAUGCUCACUGGGGCUUCUGAGCCACCUCAAUUGCCGUUUGAGUUCUCCCCGUCACCACCCUCUCGCUUCCCUUUUAAGUCACAGAGAAAGGGUCAGUGACUGUGAGUUCCGACUCUUCAGCCCUCUGUUGUCACUAUCAUCAACAUCAUCAUCUUUGUGGAUGAUUGCUGUAAAGUUAAUUAUUCACGUUUCCUAUUUGUAUUUAUUGGAUUUGAGCUCCUUUUGCUGGCUAAUUUCAUACUGGUAUGGCCUACCAGUUCCCUAAGCGCCUCAGAUUUUUAGUGGCGAAAUUAUAGGUGCCGUGGUGUGUGGUUGUCCCACUUUAGUUUUUUUUCCUUUACUGAGUUUCAGGACGGACAAAGUGAAUGGAAAAAUUAGUCUUGGUAAAAUUUUCCAAUUUUGGCGGGAAUCAAGUGCCCACUUUACAUCGCUU